GUGAAUGAAAGAAAAAGCCGCAACUUCCACCACCUCUCGCCGGACUUUCCUCUCCGGCGUCGUCGUCGAGGAACCAAUCAACCCCACCACACCAUGCCGAUGAGACACCUCAACGCAAUCGCGACUUUGCUAAUGAUGUUCUUCACUCUCCUGAUCCUCUCUUUCACCGGCAUUCUCGAAUUCCCCUCCGCCUCCACCUCGCUUCCCCAUCCCAAUUCCUCCUCCUCCUCCGACGAUGACGCCGUAUCGUCGGAUCCGUUCGGAGACGUCUUGGUGGCGUUUAGAAAAUGGGACUCGGAAGUGGGCUGCGCUAGGUUCAGGGAGAAUCAUCACAAGGAUUCGAUCCGAGGAGGCAAUGUCAGUUCCGGUUCGUUACAAGAAUCCGCCGGGUCGGGUUGUAAUAAGUUGAAGAUGGAUCACGUUAGGGUUUUGGUGAAAGGGUGGACUUGGAUUCCGGAUAAUUUGGAGAAUCUGUAUUAUUGUCGGUGUGGGAUGACUUGUCUGUGGACUAAAUCAGCUAUUCUGUCUGAUUCGCCUGACGCUUUGUUGUUCGAAACGACAACUCCUCCGUUACAGAGACGUGUUGGAGAGCCACUCCGGGUGUACAUGGAGCUAGAGGCAGGAAGAAAACGUUCAGGCCGUGAAGAUAUAUUCAUCAGCUACCAUGCCAAAGACGAUGUCCAAACAACUUACGCUGGUGCUCUCUUUCAUAAUAACAGAAACUAUCACAUCUCUUCACAUAAAAACAACGAUGUUCUAGUGUACUGGUCUUCCUCAAGAUGCCUCUCUCACCGAGACCGUCUCGCUAAGACCCUCCUCGAUCUGAUUCCUCACCAUUCCUUCGGUAAAUGUCUCAACAACGUCGGUGGUGGCUUGAACUCAGCCCUCUCUAUGUAUCCAGAAUGCGUCGCGGACUCCAACGCCGAGCCUAAAUGGUACGACCAUCUACACUGCGCUAUGUCACACUACAAGUUCGUCCUUGCGAUCGAGAACACGGCCACUGAGUCGUACGUGACAGAGAAGCUUUUCUAUGCGCUGGAUUCUGGCUCUGUUCCUAUCUACUUCGGAGCACCUAACGUGCAAGACUUUGUCCCUCCGCAUUCUGUGAUAGACGGUAGCAAGUUCGGUUCGAUGAAGGAACUGGCGGCUUACGUGAAGCGGCUCGGUGAUGAUCCCGUGGCGUACUCGGAGUAUCACGCGUGGAGGCGGUGUGGAGUAGUAGGGAACUAUGGUAGAACACGCGCGGUGAGUCUAGAUACGUUGCCGUGUAGAUUGUGUGAAGAGGUUAGCAGAAGAGGUGGCAAGAACGCUCGAGUUUGAUGUUUUACAGCUGUGGGAUUAUUACAUUUUAGAGUGGUUCUGUUGAUGUGGUUUCUUGAUAUGUUAACUGAUGCCAUAUGUAAUCACUCCAAAGCAAUUGAUACACAGAUUACAACCUCUCUCCGAACAUUUGGAAACGUUGCAAUCACUUUGCAAACUUAAUGCUAAUAGUGUUAAUGUGCUUUGAGUGU